AUCCACACUCGCUACCUGCAUAUAAUUCCUGACUUCGCGUCAAUUACACUCGUUAACCAACACCACUUAUCACCUAAUCGACUCUUCGUCACCUUUUAAUACCAUCAAAAUGAAGUUCUCCACCGUUGUUCUCGCCGCUGCUGCCGGUGUCGCUGCCAACAAGAACGUUACCUACGUUACUGAGGUUGUCGAUGUUUACACCACCUACUGCCCUGCUGCCACCCAGAUCACCCACGGCACCAAGACCUGGACCGUCACUGCCCCCACCACCCUGACCAUCUCUGACUGCCCUUGCACCGUCACCCGCCCCGUCCAGGUCACUUCCGCUGUUGUCUGCCACAGCUGCCACCAGAACGGCACCGUCACCCCCGCCAAGCCCACUGGCCCUGCUGUCGUCCCCACCGCUGGUGCCGGCAAGGUCGCCGCUGGUCUCGCUGGUGUCCUCGGUGUCGCUGCUCUUGCUCUGUAAAGCAACCACUAUUUCGCCUCGCCAUCCACGUCCCACCUACGUUUCCUUUGUUUGUUAACUUUGAUUUCGUGGGAAGCUCUUACCAGCCAAUAAAGACUGGACUAGCGUUGUGGGAGAGUUGAGUGUUUUACGUUGUUAAGAAAAGUUGAAAAAGACAAAAAACAAUGGUCUUGGGUUGAUCGCUCAGGCCGAACCGGUACAUAUACUUCGUUGUAUAUUUCUUCAACACGGUAUUAGAAAAUUGGGAGUUCGCUCACAGGAGGAUAUCCAUAGACCUGUGUUCGCUCUUCCGUCGAGGAAGAAAAAUAUAAUUGGUUUUUCUUUUUUGCAAUUGGGAUUCAUUUAUUGGUCUACUGUUUCACGCGAUUGUCUGGCUUGCCUAUGGCUGGCUUUUAAAAGAGGGAUGCUUUCUUCCUCGGGACCUCGAGGCGAUUAGGCCUGUUUUUGCUUUCUUCGUCGCGGGGAUUCGCUUCGUUUCUCUUGUUGUACGUCUUGUGCGGCAUUUGACUUGGUUCGUUUUCCUUGUGUCACCUCUGAAAACAGGUGGACUUGGGAGUUUUUAUGGUUUCCUGUGCCCAAGCAUUGUACAUUAUGCUUAGUAUAUAGUGCGGGUAGCGUAAGCAAUACAGGAGCCAUUUUUGGCCCAAGUUCAUCACUUUUU